AUUAAUGACUCUCAUAACAUAGUUGUCCCUUUUCUUUGUCACCUAACAACUCUAUGGAUCCAUGGAAAGUAAGUAUAUUUUUCUAAGUAUUCAAUUAAAUGCACUAUAUAUAGUCAUUGUUUUCACGAGUGGCAUAGUGAAGUGUUUUUUGUGUGAAGAAGAAGAAGAAAAAACAUGGGUAGAAUUCAUAAGGAGAUUAAUAAAGGUGCUUGGUCUCGCGAAGAAGAUGAUAUUCUCUCUAAAUAUGUUGCCAUUCAUGGAGAAGGAAAAUGGCAAAAGGUUGCCCAAAAUGCAGGUUUAAAGCGAUGCGGAAAAAGUUGUCGACAAAGAUGGUUGAAUUAUCUAAAACCAGGUAUAAAGAGAGGCGACAUUUCUCCGGAUGAAGAGGAUAUGAUCAUAAGACUUCAUCGUCUUCUUGGUAACAGAUGGUCUUUGAUAGCUAAGAGAUUACCAGGACGAACAGACAAUGAAAUCAAGAACUAUUGGAAUACGAAUCUAUCAAAGAAGCUACAAAAACAACAUACAUCAUCAUCAUUUUCUGUCUCACUUCAAAACAAAUAUAGUCAUGUUGCACCAGAAGCUCCAAGGCCAAGGAGAUUGAAGAUUGUUCAUCAACACAACAAAAUUUUAGAGAAUAAGAAUGGAAGUGAAUGCGAUCAAGGAAGUGAUGAAACCUCAAUCGCCGAUUUCCUCAUUGACAAUGAUCAUCAAGACAAUUUGUUGGUUGAUGAUGAUGAGUCCAACACUACAAACUCAAAGAUUCCACAAAUAGAAGAAGAUCACAAGAAGGUAGUUUCAACCAAUAGUACUCAUAGCUCAUCAUCACCUUCUGAUCAUUUUCAUCUUGUAUCAGAGAAAUUUGAUCCUCUAGAUAGCCUUUUGGAUGUGGAGCUCAAGAAGAUGGCUUCUUUUCUUGGACUUGAAAAUGAUUGAAAGUGGUUUGUUGCAAUCAAAGGACCAAGAGAAGAAAAAAGUCAAGUGAGUUGGGAAUCAUAUAGAGAAAGCUAUAUGAUAUCUAUAUAUGUAUUGCCUAACUAAUUAAACAUCUAAUUCUAUUGCUAAAUAUAUUCAAAUUUAAUUUAUAGACACUUGAUAAGUAUUUUGAUCCCUUUAA